UCGAAAUUUUAAGAUGUUUUCUCCCGAAGAACAACAGAUGCAAAUAUGUUUGUUAAAAUCAAACUUGGAAGAAGUAGAGAACGACAUUGUAGUAACGAAGUCUGCAAUGCCAUCGUUAGAUGCGGAAAAUGAACAGAAAUACCAUAAAACGUUGAAUGCAUUGCGCAUUUCGCGUUCUCUGAAUACAGAAAUAGAACGCCUGAAGCUAGAAAAUGUACAGUUAACAGCGAAACGGAUGCAAUUAAAAAAACAAUGCGAGGCCAUGAGCGCUUCAGUUGACAAGUCGCGCGACCAUAGAGUUAUGUUGGAGACGGAGGUUAGACGGGAACAGGCGUGUGUGGAGAGUGAGAUUCGCAAAUACGAAGACACCCUUAGUGAAAUUGCACAGCGCUUUCGACAAACUCGGGCUUUUGCGAACGAGGAAGAAAUAAACAACGAAAUAGAAAUGAUAAAGAAUAUCACCAUUGAGCUGGAAGCUGAGGAGGCGUGUCGUCAAGACGACGUGAGAAAAUUACAGUUUGAAAUUGAGGAAUUGAGUACUGGAGUGCCGGAGGACAUACUUAAUGUUAUAGGUAAACAGGAGGCGGAGGAAAAAAUUAAGGCUCUCACAGACGAAAUAGAAGCCUUAACAAGCAAGAAGGAACAUCUUGUGAAGUGCCGGGGAAAUAUGGCUCAUUUUCUAACAAGAAUUCUCUAAAUAACUAAAUUUUCUUGAAACAAUUUUUAAUAAUGCUAUAAGUUCGCUUUGUCUCUCAUUGUAACUCGAAUUAA